GUAGCAGUAGCCGCUUCGACAGAGCCGGAGAUGGGCAGAGAGCGCGCGCGGCGCAGCAGCUUCAGAUCCACAGCCCUCCGCGUCCGCAGCUUUCUGCGCCCACGCCGCCGCUGUCGCCGCCUCGGCGUCCCCCUUCUCCAGUCCCGCUCCUAGGACAGCGCCGCCACCGCCGCCCGGCCCUGCCCGCUGCCUGCGCCGCGCAACCCUCGCGCGCGCCCGGAUGGCGCUUUCCUCCCAGGACCGGUUUAGAAUGUAAUGAUUCAAGAAUUUUAUAAUACCGUGGAGUAGCUUAACAACUGUCUAUGUGCUUCCCAUGAUAUGUUCUCUAUAUUGAAAAAUUAUGACCUCAGCAUCCAAAGGAAUUCUCCGCCCAUUUUUAAUCGUCUGCAUUAUCCUGGGCUGCUUCAUGGCAUGUCUGCUCAUUUACAUCAAGCCCACCAACAGCUGGAUCUUCAGUCCAAUGGAGUCAGCCAGCUCUGUGCUUAAAAUGAAAAAUUUCUUUUCCACCAAAACUGAUUAUUUUAAUGAAACUACUAUUCUGAUUUGGGUGUGGCCAUUUGGGCAGACCUUUGACCUUACAUCUUGCCAAGCAAUGUUCAACAUCCAAGGAUGCCAUCUCACAACAGACCGCUCUCUGUACAACAGAUCUCACGCAGUUCUGAUCCAUCAUCGAGACAUCAGUUGGGAUCUGACUAAUUUACCUCAGCAGGCUAGGCCACCCUUCCAGAAAUGGAUUUGGAUGAAUUUGGAAUCACCAACUCACACACCCCAAAAGAGUGGCAUUGAGCACCUAUUCAACCUGACUCUGACUUAUCGCCGUGAUUCAGAUAUCCAAGUGCCUUAUGGCUUCUUGACGGUGAGCACAAACCCCUUCGUGUUUGAAGUGCCAAGUAAAGAGAAGUUAGUGUGCUGGGUUGUAAGUAACUGGAACCCUGAGCAUGCCAGGGUCAAGUAUUACAAUGAGCUAAGCAAAAGCAUUGAGAUUCAUACCUAUGGGCAAGCAUUUGGAGAGUAUGUGAAUGAUAAAAAUUUGAUUCCUACCAUCUCUACUUGCAAAUUUUAUCUGUCUUUUGAAAACUCAAUCCACAAAGAUUAUAUCACAGAAAAGCUCUACAAUGCUUUUCUGGCUGGCUCAGUGCCUGUUGUUUUGGGGCCAUCUAGGGAAAACUAUGAGAAUUAUAUUCCAGCAGAUUCAUUCAUUCACGUGGAAGAUUAUAACUCUCCAAGUGAGCUUGCAAAGUAUCUGAAAGAAGUAGAUAAAAACAACAAAUUAUACCUUAGUUACUUUAACUGGAGGAAAGAUUUCACAGUAAAUCUUCCACGAUUUUGGGAAUCACAUGCAUGCUUGGCUUGUGAUCAUGUGAAAAGGCAUCAAGAAUAUAAAUCCGUUGGUAAUUUAGAGAAAUGGUUUUGGAAUUAAAAGUUUACCAUCAU